GGCAAAAGAUGCAUAUAAGCGUUGGUUUAAAAAUGGCAGAGAAGAGUAAUUGUAUCUCUCUCUGAGGAAUAUGUAAAUGUGUUUAGGAAGGGACACAGAGGCUGCAGAUUCCCUGCUCCUACCAUCCAAGUGGAAAACAAGCACAGUGGAAAAGCAAGGGGGGACGCAUUCUUAUAAGAUCUAUAGGGAUCUUAAUGACCCCCUGCACUGCUCUGGCUCUUGUUCAUCUCUCCAGGGUCUUCCGUGAACUUUUUAGGGGAACAACGUGACCCAAGACCCAGAGACUCUGCAGACUGGCCCAGAUGGAUGCUUAUUUGCACAUUUUUCUCUAUGUAACCUCUUCGAUAGGGUUCAGAAGAAGCAAGCUUAGGCCUGGAGCACAGAAAAGCCAUCACACAGCAGAGAGGGUUUAGUGAUCAGAUGUAUUUAGAGGGCAAGUGUCUCCUGAUUGCCUACUCAGGAGAGCAUGAGAGGCUGGAAGUCUGGGCGCAGAGCCUCUGAUUGGCUUUUUUCUCUUUGAGGAACAAAGAUGUCUUGCUGGAGGCUCAGAUUUCCCGCUGACACGUUAUGCUGGGCCAGACUGGAAUUCUUGCAAGUUCUGUGGCUGCAGCUGGUGUCAGGGUUUUGCACCCAAACUGUCAAUUUCCACACCUAUGAGAGGAAGCCCACGGCACCGAUAUCGGUGUUCUGUCUGGCCGUGUCCUGUGUGAUUACCAGUUCGAGGUACCACGCCAGUUCUGCCUGAUGAAGUUCAAUAGCUCACUGUUCGGGGUGUGCAAGGGCGACGGGCAGCUGACUGUUAGGGACGCGGGCUUGGACCACGAGUAGCUGCACGGCCAGGCACCACAGUGUGUGCUGGUCUUCGACGUGGUCAGCUUCUCGCAGGAGCAGUUCCGGCUGGUGCACGUAGAGGUGGAGGUGAGGGACAUCAACGACCAUGCGCCGCGCUUCCCACGGGCCCAGAUCCCCGUGGAGGUGUCCGAGGGCGCAGCCGUGGGCACGCGCAUCCCCUUGGAGGUGCCUGUGGACGAGGACGUGGGGGCCAACGGGCUGCAGAGCGUGCGCCUGGCCGAGCCUCACAGCCCCUUCCGCGUGGAACUGCAGACGCGCGCGGACGGCGCCCAGUGCGCGGACCUGGUGCUGCUACAGGAGCUGGACCGCGAGAGCCAGGCCGCCUACAGCCUGGAGCUGGUGGCCCAGGACGGCGGCCGUCCGCCGCGCUCCGCCACGGCCGCCCUCAGCGUGCGAGUGCUGGACGCCAACGACCACAGCCCGGCCUUCCCGCAGGGCGCCGUGGCCGAAGUGGAGCUGGCGGAGGACGCUCCCGUGGGCUCGCUGCUGCUCGACCUGGACGCGGCCGACCCCGACGAGGGCCCCAACGGCGACGUGGUGUUCGCCUUCGGGGCCCGCACCCCGCCCGAGGCGCGCCGCCUCUUCCGCCUGGACCCGCGCUCGGGCCGCCUCACCCUGGCAGGACCGGUGGACUACGAGCGCCAGGACACCUAUGAGCUGGACGUGCGGGCCCAGGACCGCGGUCCAGGGCCCCGGGCCUCCACCUGCAAGGUCAUCGUGCGCAUCCGCGACGUCAAUGACAACGCUCCGGACAUCACCAUCACCCCGCUGGCCGCCCCGGGCGCACCUGCCGCCUCUCCCUUCGCCGCCGCAGCCGCCGCCGCCGCUCUCGGGGGUGCGGACGCGACCUCGCCGACCGGGCCCGGGACACCUGAGGCCGGCGCCGUGUCUCUGGUGCCAGAGGGGGCGGCGCGCGAGAGCCUGGUGGCGCUGGUCAGCACCUCGGACAGAGACUCGGGCGCCAACGGGCAGGUGCGCUGCGCCCUCUACGGGCACGAGCACUUCCGGCUGCAGCCGGCCUACGCGGGCAGCUACCUGGUGGUGACCGCGGCGUCGCUGGACCGCGAGCGCAUCGCCGAGUACAACCUGACGCUGGUGGCCGAGGACCGCGGCGCGCCCCCGCCGCGCGUGAGUGACGAGAACGACAACGCGCCAGUCUUCGCACGGCGGAUCUACGAGGUGUCCGUGCGUGAGAACAACCCGCCCGGCGCCUACUUGGCCACGGUGGCCGCCCGGGACCCCGACCCGGGCCGCAACGGCCAGGUCACCUGCCGGCUGCUGGAGGCUGAAGUGGGUCGCGCCUACGUCUCGGUGGACCCCACCACUGGGGAGCUGAGCGCACGACGGUGCUUUGACGGCGGUGAACUGGCCGAGCUGCCGCUGGGGCCGGAAGCACUCGAUGGCGGCUCUCCGUCGCCCGGGCGCCGGGACGUGGUGUGGCAGCAUGUGGAGGACCAGAACGACCACGCACCUCGGCUGGUCAUACUGCCACUUUUCAGUGGCUCAGCCCAGCUGCCUCUGCCCAGGGCGCGCCCUGGGCUGCAUGGUGAUCCGACUGCGGACGAAGGCCCCAACGCCGAGCUAACUUACACACUUCUCCGCAGCGACUUCGCCGACGGGAUUCAGGCUAGUUCCCUCCAUUCCCCAUCCCUGUGUGGAGAGGAUAAAUCUGCGAGUUCAAGGACACAUUCAAAUCCAGAUGAAUUUAGUGUGAAGAUAACAGAAGAGGAGAGAGUGAAUUGA